AUGGUAAAAAAUAUUAAUCCCGUUUCUUCAAAUGUAUGUCUUUCAAAAGUGGUUCACACUGGAAAUGGCGGACUCGUGGUUAGCUGUGAGAAUUCAGAAGAUUCCAAUAAAUUCAAAAAUAAUAAUUAUACCAUUAAGGAAGUGCUAGUUUUAAAUCCUAGAUUCAAAAUUGUUGGUAUGUCUGAACAACUAUCUGAUGAAGAACUAAUUAACUGUCUCAAAAUUCAAAAUAUAAAUGAAAUAGUUGGUGAUCUAACAGUUAUAUCUCAUUUUCCACUUAAGAAAAACAACAAACUUCAUCAGGCAGUUAUUCAGUGCGAUAUAUCUACCUAUAAAAAUGAUUAUUGUUCCAUCUAUGACGCAAUUGAUUUGAGGAGAUGUUUCAAAUGUUGUGGUUACCAUAAUUCGUCCAGAGUUUGUAAAUAG